AUGGAGUCCCCGGCUCUACACCCGGAGUCUCCUAUGGAGCAGGAGGACAUUCCUUACCCGUGUAUGGGUUGUGGGGAGAUCCUGGAGGAAGGGAAAGCUUUCGAGCUCUCUGGACAGAGAUGGCAUAUCGACUGUUUCCGGUGCAGCACUUGCAAUUGUCUCUUAGACUCCGAUGCCCACCUCCUACUGCUCGGCGACGGUUCCCUGAUUUGCAGUUCAUGCACCUACAGCUGCAACUCGUGCGGCAAUAAGAUCGAGGACUUGGCUAUUUUGACCGGUGACCAGGCGUUCUGCGCACAGUGCUUCCGGUGUCGAAACUGCAAGAGAAAAAUCGAGAAUCUACGCUAUGCGCGCACGUCGCAGGGAAUAUUCUGUAUGGACUGUCAUGAGUCCUUGAUGCAACGACGACGGAAGAAAAAGGCAACUGCUGCGGCCCGCAGGCCGGGGGCAAAACUAGACAAAUCUCUGCCGUCGUUGCCCCCGAGUAUGGAGGAAACCAUGUCUAUCGAGGAGUCUCCAAGUGAGGCGUACACGGAGGCCGCCGAUAUUCAGAUAGCUGGGCCGGAUGGUUCUGCAGACCGUUCGGAAAGCUCUCCUUCACGACAGCCCGCCGCAGACAAUCUUCUUCUUCCUUCUAGUACCUACCGAAGCAGCCGUCAUAUGGGUUCACAACGUGACAACAGCAGCAAUAAUAACAAUGAAGCUGACGGGGGUGGGGAAUUCUUGAUUCCUCUCGCUUUUGAUCCUUCUGAAAGCCAGCGAUCGUCUUCGCACAGGCAAUCACAAAUCAUUCAGGACCCUCGCGAGUACUUCAACCAGGCCCCGUCUGGCGAUUCCUCACUCCGAACCUCUCGUGACGGCCGGGAUUAUUCCAUGGAACCUCCGUCUCGUACUUCGUCCGAGAAUCCCUCCCCGCACAUUGCAUACCAAGAGAAAGGAUACGAACGUGGCGACGCGGACUCUUACCGACGUGAUAUGGACAGCAAUGGACCGACCAAGCCAUUCGCGCCUGGUGUUGAGUCCAGGCUUGGAAAGACCGAAUCAGCCCGCAGUUCUAGGUCUGAUCUGCCAUUGGCACUGAGGGAAACAAGCGCCUUCUCGGGUGCGACCAGUCCCGAAAGUAGCAGGUCCAAGGAGACUGCCAACGAUAUCACACGAUCGAGGCCACUGGAGAGUGUCACAUCGGUCCACCCACGCCCUUCAAACGAACUGCACCGACUUCACGAGCAUGGUUCUGUGGAGUCUUCACGUUCUCAGCAGUCUUCCUACCCACCAAAGCGAGGCGACUCGCUUGAGAGCAAGCUCCAUUCGAUCCCACGGAAAGAUAUUGGCACAUCGCCAAGUUCCUCCGUCUACGGAGGCUCUCCCAGGCUGCCCGACACUGGUUUCGAGCAGCCGAGGCAGCAUCUCACGUCUCUCGAUACACGAGAUCGCGCACACUCACCGUCCAUCCCGCAGUACAAGGGUGGUAGUGAGUUCUCUGCCGAUGAGGACUUGGCUCGUCUUAUGAGUGAUGAUGGCCAGACUAGCGAUUCUUUCUUACGACGUAUGUCAAGCUCCGUGCGCCACGGCCGAAGCUAUAGCGAGAAAAGUAUUCGAACUGGAAAAGAAGGCAAAACCCCCAGAUCUCCUGGAAGCAUCACGGGCACGGACAUUGCCAGUCCCACUGCCAGUAUAUCUCAAGCUGAGGAGAUUGCUUGGCUUCGCGCUGAACUGCGCAAAGAACGCCAGCGUAUGGCAGAAAUGGAAGGUACUCUUCGUGCCACCGUGGAUGUUAAGCAGGUCAACACCGAGCUCUCCGAAAAACGUUCUACAAUGGUUGUGCUCGAUGCGAAGAGAGAGAUUGUUUUGCGAGAGCUCACCGUGCUCACCAAACAUCUGGAGGCAGAGAAGCGUGGUGCAGCUGGUGGACCCCUGGAUCUUGGAAAGCUUUCCAAUCAUGUCUUGCGAGAGCUUGCGGAAUCUAUUCAGAAGCUGAAGGAGUCCUAUGCGCCUCAAAUUGAGGAGCUCAUUCAGCAGCGCAAUGAUCUGUCCGCGGAGGUUGCUAACAUGACCAAUCAGAAGGAGAAGACGUUCCAGGAAUUCGAACAAUUGUCAUCGAAGAAUGCCCAAUUGGCCGAGCUGAACAACCAAUUGGUGCACCAGAUACAGGAACUGUACAAGGCCAGCUCGGAUGGCCAGCGUGGUACAAAUGGCCUUGGAAUCGCUCAGCACAAGGAGAAGUCCAUGUCAUCCGUGGAGACCUUGAGAUCUACAGCCCACGACUUCCCGCCGUCGAUCUCCCAUGCUCACAUCGCGGACGAUUCCGAAACUACCACAGCCACGGCCACCGUUGUCCCUGGGCCUCAGGUUGUCAGCAUCCGCAAGGGACAGCCUCGCAAGUUCAACUGGAAGAAGGGUGGUCAGAACGUCGCAAAGGGUGUGAAGGGUCUCAAGGGAGCCUUCAUGUCCAGCGAAACCGAGGCUGGCGGUGGUCUGCCCCGUUCGCAGACUCAAGACCCAAGUCGCCAGGGCUUCGGGUUCUUUGGAAAUCAGAGGAACAAGCAGGGAGGCAAGAUGUCGCAGGCCGACAGUGUGCCGGCAUUGGCUGAAGCUGCAGGCGGUGGACUAUUUGGUACCGAACUCGAGGCCCGUAUGGAACACGAGAAGAGUAUUAUUCCAGCCAUCGUCACCCGAUGUAUCCAAGAAGUUGAACUUCGCGGCAUGGAUAUGGAAGGUAUCUACCGCAAGUCAGGUGCCGCCUCGGCGAUCCAGGGUAUUCGUGACGGCUUCGAGCGCUCGCCGUUCGAUUAUGACAUUUCGGAUCCCGACCUCGAUAUUCACGCCGUCACUUCUGCUCUGAAGCAGUAUUUCCGCAAGCUUCCUACUCCUUUAAUUACUUUCGAAGUCUACGAGACAAUCAUCGAUUCUGCACAAGUCCCCAGCGUGUCGGGGCGGGUGGAGCUUCUUCAGAGGAACCUGGGAGAAUUGCCACGUGUGCAUCGCGAUGUCCUUGAAUUCCUUAUUUUCCACCUCAAGCGUGUUGUUGAACGUCAGGAUGAGAACCUAAUGACUAGCCAAAAUGUCGCAGUCGUGUUCGCUCCGACCAUCAUGCGGCCUGAGAGCUUGGCCCGCGAGAUGACGGACGUGCAGAAAAAGAACGACGUCCUCAAGUUCCUGGUGGAGAACUGUCAGGAUAUUUUCAUGGGCAUGCAAGGCUAG